ACCUUACCGGUCGACGAGGCGGCCGUCUCUCAGUCAGUUUCAGUUCGAGCUCUCGUCGACCACUUCUUUGGCAAAAGCUCCUCUGCAAGACACGCGCGCCGGCCAUGAUACGCGUGAUUGUGACCGAUGGAUUAAAAUUUACAAGACGGUGAUGUGGUGGCAACAUUCUGCGACAGUGCUACGAGACUGAUGACAUCGCCAAAAGGGCCACGGAAAAAUGCUGAGCCCACCACGCCACCUUAGGCGACUUCUACUCCUGCCUGUGAUUUGGUGUUUUUCUUUUAUUUUAUUGCUGAUCAAUGUCGUGGACGGAGCCGGCGAUCUUUGGCCUCUGGACCGUCCCGACGGCAUGCCUUCCAUCCAGUCCCUUGAGGUCAUGUGCGGGAAGGACCACAUGGACGUCCACUUGACUUUCUCGCAGCCUUUUGAAGGCAUCGUCUCGUCGAAAGGACAGCACGGAGACCCCCGCUGUGUCUAUGUGCCUCCUUCGACCGGACAAACCUUCUUCUCGUUUCGAAUCGCGUAUGCCCGAUGCGGAACCAAACCGGAUUUACACGGACAGUUUUACGAAAACACGGUGGUAGUGCAAUAUGAUAAAGACUUGUUAGAAGUGUGGGACGAGGCGAAAAGACUGAGAUGUGAGUGGUUCAAUGACUACGAAAAAACAGCCUCCAAACCCCCCAUGGUCAUUGCGGACUUGGACGUAGUCCAAUUGGACUUCAGAGGUGACAAUGUCGAUUGUUGGAUGGAAAUCCAACACGGGAAAGGACCAUGGGCACCACCAGUCAGUGGAAUAGUCCCAUUAGGAUCAACCUUGACCCUUGUAGUGGCCAUUAAUGAUUACAGAGGAGAAUUUGACAUGCGGGUCAAAUCGUGCGUCGCGUCUGAUGGUGGAGGUCACGUGAUUCAGUUAUCGGAUGAAUUUGGGUGUGUUCUUCGCCCAAAAAUGAUAAGUCGUUUCCUCAAAGCUCGAGGUGCUGAUGAGAGAGCCUCUGUCAUCACUUAUGCCUUUUUUCACGCUUUCAAAUUCCCGGAUGCUCUUAGUGUCCACAUCAAGUGCAAAGUUGAGAUUUGCCGACAUGGGUGUCUGGACCAUUGCCAGAUCCAGCCGGAGAAAGGCGAUGUUGACUCAGAGGCCUAUUUGGGGUCUUUGGACCGGAAAGAUGAUAAACUCGGAGAGAAGAACGAAGAUCCAGAUGUGUUGUAUGAAGAUGUGAUAAACGAGGGAGGUGUCGAUGGGAUAUCUUCAGUGAAGAUGUCGCUGAACGCUCAACUCGGCGACAGCAAGCCGAUGUCGAACAAGCCGGCCGGACUUGACGAUGAUAAAGAACUGGAUAUAACGGCAGUACCGCAUAAGGACCUCUUCCUCCUGCACGACCAGUUUCCGCACGGCCCGCGCACCUUUGAGGACCGUCCCGUGGCCGCCCCCCGCGCUUUCGACACCGCCUCUACACCGCCCCUCGACCGCCUCAAGCGCAAACGCCGCUCGAUCACCGUCUCCGACCGUAAAGCUCGCAGCGCCGAUGUGGGUGUCAGCGGCCUCUACGAAGUCAUCUCGGAAGCAGAUCUGGCCUUCAGUCCCGACACUCGAGCCGAAGCCGUCACUGUCUUCCAGGGGCGCAUCCGCGAGGAGGUCGUCUAUGGGAUUUGCAUGCCGGUGCCCGGCUUCAGCGUGCUGUUCGUUCUGGUAGCCGUCUCCGCCGUAGUGUCCGCCCUCGUGGCCGGCUCCCUAUUAUACAGAUACCAACUCCAGAAGGAGCAGCUCGCUGAACAGGCCCGCAACGGCCCCAUCCCCAUGGGGCUGUUCUCGGGAUGGGGGGGCUGGAGACUUUUGCGCAUGAGGGUGGCGCCGGUGGCCCAGAACGGCACGGACAAAAGGAUCCGGCAGGUUAACGGUAAGACUGACGAAACGUCGCGAUGUGAAUAGUGCUCGAGUGGACUUUACGGCCCUAUUUGCAGGUUUUGCAACUAAAUACUCCAAAUAGAACCGUUGCACCUCUUUUAGACUAUUUUUUGUUGUUGUAUUUAACUGAGAUUCAAUCAUAUUGUUUUGUUAGAUGAUAUGAAAGGGCAAAUUUGCAAUAUGAUAUGUAUAGAUGAUAUAUUAAUGAUAGGUUAAUCUAGGGGGCACCUACUCACCAUUUGGAGAAGGAUGGAAGACAGGGAAUAUCAAAAAAUAGACUGAUUUUUUAACAUCCUCUCAAAACAGUAUUACAACACUCAGUGCUGCCACUCUUAUACGUUAUAACAAGAUAUUACUACCUAGGAUUUAAAUUUGGUUAGGUUGGUUUGUGGUGACAAACAAAAAAUUUAGGUUAAGUCACCUGUCAUCUUGUACAGAUAACUCAAUUGGUAGUUGACAGGAGGUUGACAGAAAACGUCAACCGUCAACCAACCUUAGGCUUUCAAAAUUACUUCUGACAAUUCUAGUUACAAACAACAUGAUAAACGUAAUUUUCCUAGGUGGUACUUUCUUGUUGACAAAUCUGUGCUCUGUCUCGACCCCAAACUAAGAAGUAAGUUAACUUUUAAAUAGUUGUACAUACAGAAAAGCCAAAUUUGUGUAAUUUGUGUGGCUUAGGACCUGAAAAUGGCUCAAUUAAGCUCCACAGUCAUUCAUGACAAGUGCAAAGGCUAAGCUCAAUAUAGUUAGGCAAUAUAUAGUACUUUGGAAUUAAUUUAUUAUAGUUAAAGCGAGCAAACUUAAAAGUCAAAUAAUUAAAUGAAUUGUACAGUAUUAACCUUAUGAGUAUUUUAAUUAGAUUUAAUUUUAUUUUUGUUAAAAAUUAGUUUAGCUGUAGUGUACAUAAUGAAUAUGGAACCAGAAUUACUGCCAGUUCGGUAUUGUUUUUUCUUUAUUUUUACAGUAAUUUGGUUAAAUUAUGUUUAAGUAAUUAAAUUAUUCCGCGGAUUAGAGUACCUAGACUUUUCUAAUUCCUUUUGAAAAUGUUUGUUACGUUUCUCAUAUUUAUUUCAUUCUGAUAAUUGCUCAUUUGUAUUGUUUUUUUUAUGAAAAAGUUAUUGUUAAUUUACGAUAAUUAAGAGGCUAUGUUCUGUGUAAAUAAUGGGAUAAAUAAAUAUGUAUACAAAAAUAGUU